AUGCGUAUGCUUAUGGGUAAGGGGGAGGAUGAGCAACUGGAAAAUGGAGCGUAUCGCCAGAAUGUGAGCUCCUCUAUCACUAUCGCCACGAGUAGUCAGCAAAACUUUGAGGAAAGCAGGCUCUUAGCCUCAUCUAAUACCUUGACUUCAACCCCAACGAGGGGACACCCUGAAGUGAGAGGUCGGAUGUCGAUAGAGGACAUUCUCAACCCGGCCCCAGGGGCGAAAUUCGGCUGCAAUGGAGGAAGAAGCCAGGCUUUCGCCAAGGUGUCGCGCACAACAAAAAUAGGUACUCGCGGCGGCGGUCGCGCUUCACGAGCCACGGAUUACCGCAACCAACUUUCCAGCCAGAGAAAGCAGAGCAUCGGCUCGCGCCAGAGACCAUAUGGCGACGUCCCGGAGCCCCUGAGACUUAGUAGGAGGCCCCGGACUUCUGCAGCAUCCAGUCCAAGAUCCGAUAUUUUUUCAAGAGGUCGUCGGCAGCCCUCCUCGAACCUCCUCCGAGCAGGUAGAUCAGCUGCAAUGGCCUCUCGCAGUUUUGUUCCUAGACCGGCUAGCACUAGGAGUAUGGACACACGCGAGCCGCUGCCUACCACCCCAGAAGCUUGGGAGUAG